CACAUGGAGGCCUUUCAAUAAAUAUUUUAUUUUAUAGCUCUGUCCAGUCUCUGUUUCAGGUCAGCCUUCCUAAGGCAUCAUGUGGAGCAGAUUCACAGGGAAAAGCAGGUUGGCUUUGACUUUCAGGCUCCUUCUUGUCCUGGUUAGCAGAAGACUACACUUUUCCAUGGGUAAAAAGCUCUAUGGUCUUUUUCUCUGCACCAGAGAUGACAAUGUAUUAUGUUGCUCUGAUGGCCUCUGUCUUGACAUCCCCAGGAAUAUUUGGGAAGUGUAAGAGAGGCCAUGGCAAAUGAUCUGGAGUGACUUACAAUGGAAGUUUCAGUAGAAACAGGCAAGGGAGCACCAAACAAAAUCUCUGCAGCACUAAAUGCGGCUUUUUUGGUUCACUGAGCCAUUUUUCUAUCACUCUGGGUCCCACAGGAUCGUGUGUGGUUGUGACUUUUUCCAGCAGCAACAAUAAUGAUCUCCCCUAUGCCAGUCCCAUGCCUGCCUUUGGCACUGCUCAGUGCAUUUAUUUCUGAAAGUGGGGGCUCCUGCUCAAAGGCUGCUUUCACCCAAAAACUCAGUGAGGUGGUCUCUGAUGGGUGAGAGGAACCAGAGGGGUCAGACAGCUCUUUGUGGCUCUGCAGCAGCUGGGACAGAAAAGCAGCACAAGCAUCCCCAGGCACUCACCACACCAAGCAAGGCUGCACACAGCAGCCUGGGCUGAGCCCGGGGAUCUGAGGGUGGGUGGGUGGCUCUGGCACUCCAAGGAUGAGCUGAUGAGUGAGGACGUGGACUUUUUGGAUUUGAAAUGGGAACCAGGUUGUUGCAAAGGCUUGUGAGACUUCACUAAGCUGCUCAACCAGGGUGUGAGCUGGGAAUUAGGAGCAGGUUCUCCUUUGCCUCUCCAGGAAGGACUCACAGCUGGUUUUAAGUCCAGUUGGAAACAUUUUCCAGUCUUUGGUGAAGUGCAUCAGCCUGUCCACACAUCACUCAGUGGACAGGACACAAUCUGCCCACCCCACGGAGGCAUCACAGCUGCCAGCCAGCUGCUCUCCCAGUGCACCUUAACCAGAGCAGAGCAAGGGUGACACUCACUGCUGGGUGAUUUUGGCAGGAGAGAUGCUCAGCUCUUCUCCCCUGACCCCAUGGUACCAAGCAUGGGCUUGUUUUGCCCUUGCAUUGCUCACCACCAGCUGUAAGAGCUGAGUGUUUAUCUCAGCCCCAUUAUUGCCAAUCUUCUCCCUAUUAAUACACCCAUGAUUCACAGGCAGAAAACAUUUUUUAUUGCAGUGAUGACAUUUAAACCAAGGGAGGUAUUGGUUUGUUGGGGUUUUUUAAAAUUAGUUUUUAGGCAGUCAGCUCAUUUGCUCCAGCCUCCAUUCCACAUCUGUGACUGCAGCCUUCUUCAUCCAGCUGAGAGGGAAGCUCUCAGCUCUCUUGUGUGAAAGAGGAGUCAGGGCUCCCUUCCUGGCUCCUGGCUCACACUGCUAGGACUGCUGUGCCUGAUGCACACCCAGCUGCAUGCUCGAGGAUGCUGCACCUGAAGGUCCAGUUCCUGGAUGAUUCCCAGAAGAUCUUUGUAGUUGAUCAAAAAUCCUGUGGGAAAAGGCUCUUCAACCUCACCUGCAGCCACCUCAACCUUGUGGAGAAGGAGUACUUUGGGCUGGCGUUUCACAGCCAGGCUGGGAACCAGGUCUGGUUGGAACCACUAAAACCCAUAACAAAGCAAGUCAAAAAUCCUAAGGAGGUUCUUUUCAAAUUUAUGGUGAACUUUUUCCCAGUGGACCCCAGCCACCUGAGAGAAGAACUGACCAGAUACCUCUUCACCCUCCAGAUGAAGAAGGACCUGGCACAGGGGCGGCUGCCCUGCAGUGACAAGAGUGCGGCGCUGCUUGUCUCCCACCUGCUGCAGUCCAAGCUGGGUGACUUUCACGAGGAGACAGACCAGCAGCACCUGGCCACACAAAGGUACCUGCCCAACCAGGAGUACCUGGACAACAAUAUCAUGCACUAUCACCGGAAACACAGAGGGAAGACGCUGGCCGAGUCGGAUGUUCAGCUGCUGGAAGUGGCCAGGAAGCUGGAGAUGUAUGAGAUCCACUUGCACCCCGCCAGCAACAGCGAGGGGGCACAGAUCAACCUGGCCGUGACACACAUGGGGGUGCUGGUGCUGCGGGGCAAUACAAAGAUCAACACCUUCAACUGGUCCAAAAUUCGCAAACUGAGUUUCAAGAGGAAGCAUUUUCUCAUCAAGCUCUAUGCAAACAUCUCGGCGCUGUGCAAGGACACGCUGGAGUUCACUAUGGUGAGCCAGGACACCUGCAAGGCCUUCUGGAAAUGUGUAGAGUACCAUGCCUUUUUCAGGCUCUUUGAAGAGCCCAAGUCAAAGCCCAAAGCCCUUCUGUGCAGCAAAGGUUACAGCUUCUGCUACAGUGGGAGGACUCAGCGGCAGCGGCUGAAGCACGGGAGGAAGGCUAAGAUGAAGAGCCUGCCCUUUGAGAGGAAACACUACACAUCCUGCUAUGAUGAGAGGCAGUGCCACUCCUCCCCAGACCUCCUGAUGGAUGCAUCAAAGCAGAUGGAGGAGCUGUGCCUGGCCUAUGGCAGCCGGGGCUCCUACCACACCAACGGAGUGCAUGGCUCUGAGCCCACCCUGGACAGCCGGCGCCGCAGCUCCACCAUGGAGGUGAUGUUUGCCACUGAGCUGGAGCGCUCCAAGCCCGAAGCAUCCCCCAUCUUCCUGCCCCACUCCAAAGGCUUGUCUACCUUCCCCCUGCUCUACACCGAGCUGGAGAUGGAGCGGGCGUGGGAGUCCAUUGACCUCUUUGGAGCCAGGAAUCCCUUGACAUCCUUUCGGCCCCACCAGUUCUCUGGGAACAGUAACACCUCUGUGGGCAACAUGCAGGAAGUGAGCACCUGGCCGCUGGUGUACAUGGAUGUGCCCUGUCCCCUGCCCAUGGUGGCCCUGGCCCCCCCUGUGCUCUUCUAUCUGGACAAGGUGGUGCAGUCCCCAGGCCCUGCACUGGCCCCUGGCGAGGACACAGCAGGACCAGUUGGUGCAAGUGGCCCCGUGGCAGAAAGCCCCCCCCAACAGAGCCCAAGUGGGACCCAGGCUGGGCAGUUCCAUCAUGAGGCUGCAGGCACAGCCAUGGGCAUAUGCAUGGUGGGGGAGAACAGGUCACUGGCUCGCUCCUUCGAUUACAGCCUUCAGGAGCAGCCUCCCAGGCAGUCUUGGAGCCAGUCAGACAUGAAAACCAUCCACUUCCCCUACAGCUCUGAGUUCAGGCCACUGGGGCUGUGCCCUGCACUGAACAGCUGGAAAGGGGGUGUUUUUUGGCACAUCCUAGCCCAGCAAGGGUUGGCUCCGGAGCUGCGGCGCUCCACCGAGCACUACCUGGGCAGCAGCACCGAGUCCAGAGACUCUGACUCAGACCUGCUGGCUGCUGACUACUGCUCCCUGUACGGCCGGCCAGUGCUGCGCUCACCCAUUGCCCAUGUGCGGCUCUCCUCGGGCAGCCUCCAACUGGAUGAGGAGGUGUCCUUUGCCACCAGUGCUGCAGAAGAGAGGAUUUCCAGAGGGGUCUCCAGGUAUUUCACCUAG